AUGUAUCGAGGCUGGAAUCUCGUAUUGGCAUUUAUUGUCACUCUUCUCUCUGGAGAAAGUCUUGGGUUUUUGUCAUGGCCAUUUAAAUUUCAAGCUGUUGCUGAACAAGAGCCUAUCAUAGAAUCAACAACGUACGAGUAUGCGGAUAGUCAUGCAAAACGAAUUGCAAUUAUUGGUGCUGGAGCAGGCGGGUCUUCCUCGGCAUAUCAUUUACAGAAGUAUGCUGCUGAAUCCGACCUUGCAAUUAAUGUAACUGUUUUCGAACGAUCCUCUUAUAUUGGAGGUCGUUCGACCACAGUGAACGCAUAUGGUAAUUCAUUGGAGCCCGUGGAAUUGGGAGCUAGUAUCUUCGUUGAUGUCAACGUAAUUCUAAAGAAUGCAAGCCGAGAAUUCGACUUGCAUGCAAAAUCAUCCAAUACCGAAGUAGCUGAAAUCCUUGGUAUCUGGGAUGGCGCAGAAUUUGUUUAUACUCAGAAGGAUAGCGAUUGGAAGUAUUGGGACAUUGCAAAGAUGUUUUGGAAAUAUGGACUUGCCCCAUUGAAGACUCAACGCUUGAUGAAAACUGUGGUUGGAAAGUUCCUACAACUUUAUGAAGCACCAUACUUUCCAUUUAGAUCUCUCACGGAACGGAUAGAGGAACUAGACCUCAAGACUGUGGCAUCCGUCACGGGCGAACAGUUUUUGGCUCAAAACAAUAUUGAAGGAUCAUUCACAACUGAUCUGAUUCAAGCAUCUACUCGGGUCAACUAUGGUCAAAACCUAAACGUCAUUCAUGGCGUAGAGACCAUGGUUUGUAUGGCAAUCGAAGGCGCAAUGCAGAUUCAAGGUGGCAAUUGGCAAAUCUUUGACAACAUGAUUCAAUCCUCAAAUGCCACUGUUCGUCUAAACCACACCAUCACCGAGAUUUCCCAAGUUCGAGAUCAAGAAAGGUACAAUGUCAAAACCAUUACUACAGAUGCUGUCGGUGUUUCUCAUAUUAAUGAAGAACCAUUCGACACCGUCAUUAUCGCCGCUCCACUUCAAUACACCGACAUCAAAUUGUCGUCUGACCUCCUUCAACAUACCCCCGACGAGAUCCCCUACGUAACCCUUCACGUAACCCUCUUUACCUCUCCCUAUGGCCUCAACCCAGCCUAUUUCAACCUCGGCCCCACUGAAGAGGUCCCUACCACAAUCCUCACCACUCUCCCCAAAAAUAUCCCCGCUCCUACUGAUCCCAAAGACUUCGCCGGCCCUGUUGGCUUUUUCUCCAUCUCCACUCUUCGCAAAGUUAUCAAUCCUACCACCCUCGAAUACGAAAACCUUUACAAGAUCUUCUCUCCUCGCCCCUUGACUUCCGAGUUCCUUUCCUCAGUCCUCAACAGCGAAAUCCCUGUUCCUGAAGACCUUACCACCAUUUCUCCCACAGCAAAUAACACAAUAACAUGGUACUACCCCCACGUCUGGAACUCGUAUCCAUACGAAUACCCUCGCGUAACAUUCGAAGAGAUUCAACUAGCGCCUGGUAUCUACUACACUAGCGGUAUCGAAUCUUUCAUCAGCACUAUGGAAACAAGUGCAUUGAUGGGGAAAAAUGUCGCAAGAUUAGUAGUUGAUGAUUUUUUGAAAAGUACAGAAACCAACUCAGAGCCAGCUGCCGAGGAAAUCGAAGUAGGGAAUGUAAUUGUCGAACCCGAGAUCGGUGUUGGUAACGACAUGCCUGUAGUUGACGAAUUAUAA